GGGCAACCCUCCCAAAUGCAGGUGAAUUUACACUCAGUCUCGCGCAGCAAAGGGAGGGAGAGAACCUCCGCGCGCGCGGCGCUUAAAUCGCCCCCCCCCCGCCGCCCGCGCUCCCUUCGGCAGACCCAGAGGCCUUUGCGCGAUGACGUCACGGGGCCGGGGCCUCGAGAAGCCUCACGGCAGCAAACGGCGGGAUGUUGCGGCGUCGGGCGGCGAAAUGACUGGAGGCGGGAAGAGGAGGCCCGGAGCGGCGGCUGCGCAGGAGCAGAUGCACUUAAAUCAAGCAUUGGACUUCAGCUAGUUGGGCCAUAUGACAUUCUUGCUGGAAAACAUAAAAAGACAAAUAGAUCAGCGGAUGUGAACUUCAAUCUUCACUGGAGGUUUUUUUAUGAUCCUCCUGAAUUCCAGACUAUCCUUACUGGAGACAGCAAAAUGCAGUAUCAUAUGGGAUAUUUUAGGGAUAUGCCGGAUGAACUGCCUGUGUGGGUUGGUGAAAAUGAAGCCAAGAAGGGCUGCACAAUUUCUCAAGUUGGUGACAAUGUAUUUGCUGCUGUAAAAUUACUUUUGUCCAAAAGGCUUAAGGAAUUGAUGGACAAAAAGAAAAUCAGCAUUCUGAAAGAUAUAGAUGAAAAACUAACCAAAACAGCAAAAGAACUUGGUUACUCGCUUGAGCAAAAAACCAUGAAGAUGAAACAGAGAGACAAGAAAGUAGUAACCAAGACAUUUCAUGGAGCUGGUCUGGUUGUCCCCAUAGAUAAGAAUGAUGUUGGGUACAGAGAGCUUCCUGAAACAAAUGCUAGUCUCAAAAGAAUCUGUAAAGCCAUUGUAGAUGCUCCCAAUGAUGACCAGAGACUGAAAGCCUUUGCCCCUAUUCAGGAAAUGCUAACUUUUGUUCAGUUUGCUAAUGAUGAAUGUGACUAUGGAAUGGGAUAUGAACUGGGAAUAGACCUCUUCUGCUAUGGGUCACAUUAUUUUCACAAGAUUGUUGGCCAGUUGCUGCCUCUUGCUUACAACUUGCUGAAGAGGAAUCUGUUUGCAGAAAUCAUUGAAGAUCAUUUAGCUAAUAGGAAAGAAGAGAAUGUAGACCAGCUUGCAGCAUGAAAUAGUGUCAUUAAGUGAAGUAUUGAGUUGCCUUGUUUCGGGGUAUUUUCUUGUUUUUUGGUACUGAACUGGUGUAGUUUCUAUGUGAGAUAAAUAAACUUGUUUUGCUAAA